AUGGCCACGGAACGAUCUCUUGCUACGCUGCUGCGGUCGCUGCAGGCGACUUCCAGCUUCCAAGAUGCCGCUUCUCUUCUUCCCACGGCUACCAGUUUCCUGUCAAUGUUGGGAAACCCUCUAAAUCUAACACUUCUUUCAUCGCAACUCCUCACGGCACCUUCGCUCUGGAGCCACCCCGUUGACCUCCAAUCAUGUCGCAAGAUCCUCAGCGUCUUCAACACCGCCGCCAUCGCUGUCUUGCAGAAUGAUACCACCGACGAACCUCGGAUACCGUACGGGCGUAAUAGGAAGAUUGAGUAUGAGGCGUGGGUCAAGGCGGUCGCCGAGGGCGCCGAUGAUAAGUCCCCGCGGUGGAGGCAUACACUUCUGCUGGGCGGAAUCUUGAUGGGAUUCGAGGGACAAAACCGACGGGGCUUACCACGGCACGUUCGGGUGAAACUCGAGUCGGCGCUUGCGAGAGCGGCGCAAUUAGCGCUGGAGGAGGUUGGCCCUGAGACUGGGGUUGAUGGGCAGUGCAUCACCAUGGUCUUGAACUAUACAUUUGAGCUUCUGUCUGAUCUCGAGAGAAGCAAGCUGGAUUAUGAUCGCUUGCUCCCGGCGAUGAUUCAGUCGGCGUAUUUGUCUUCGGAGGGCCUUGAGGGUGGCUAUUUCUUGGGAUCUAUCGAUCAAGAUGUUGUUGAGGCUCCCGGGAAGCAGUUCCGCUGGUCAUCCAACUCCCCCACGUUUGGUGUCGUCUCGGGGGUAGCCGCUCGCCCACUUGUGUCCACUCUGGGGCCUCUGUCUCGUCUCAUUGCGCAUUCUGUUGAUAAUGUUCGGGAUCCGAGGAUUGUUGCGCAGACUGUUGAUUAUCUGGCGGGCUUCGUUCGGACGCUCAUGGUUCAAUGGCGGCAGAACAAAUUGUCUGAGAUUGAUGUUGCGGAAGAAGCAGAGUUCCUAGACGCAGAAUCCCGGGAAAUUACACUUCCUGCCCUCUGGAAGAUGCUGCGAAAUUGCUUAUAUUCGGUGGUUAUUACCCUUCGGGCUGUGCUGGGGAGAACUAUCAACGACCCAGCUCUUGCUGCCAACAGUAGCGCCCCAUACCUAUCGAUGCAAUGUCUCCACAUACUUCGCAACAUGUAUUUCAUCUCUUCUCGGCUUGGCCAGAAUGCCUCAUCUCAGCAGACGUUCGUGCUGUUGGCAGCCAUAGACAUCCUUUCACAAUACCCCGUCCUCGCCGAGAACUUCCUGCGGAGCAUUAAGCCAAGCGAUAUUGGACAAAUUCCUGCUCACCCAGUUGAACGAUGUCUGGAUCUAUUUUUCUUGAAUGUCGCAGAGCAUUUCCCUCUUGUUAUAUCCUCGGAGACAAGCGAGGAACUAUUAUUGUCCGCUGCUUUCCCAUAUCUCGCAGCCGGUGCUAACAGUCUUCUGUUGGAAAUUUUCGAAGCUGCUCACAGCCUGGUGCUUGUUGUCUUCGCUAUUCCGCAUAAUUCGGAAUUAGCUACCAAACACCUGCCUUUCUAUAUCGAAAACCUGUUUGCUGUUUUCCCCAAUAACCUUUCCGCGCGCCAAUUCCGCCUUGCUUUCAAGACCGUCAUCCAAAUUACAGCACCUCCUUCUCCCCUAGCAAAUACUCAGCCCCUUCUCCCCUCCAUCUUGCUGGAAGUUGUUCACGACCGUGCUUUGAAUGCUUCCUCUACACCGCUCCCCCGCAGGAGUCCACCUGUCUCCGAACAGGCUGUUCUAACCCUUGCUCUUCUCGAUUCCCUUUCAUUCCUCCGAGUCGAAGAUCUGAAAGAAUGGCUCCCCUUGGCAGCACAAUUGAUCAACACAAUUUCCGACCGCAAUAUGCGACAUGCUUGUAUCGAUCGUUUCUGGGAAGCCCUAGCUGGCGGUGAGAUGGAUGUUGAUCGAUCGCACUGCUGCGUUACAUGGUGGAGCACUGAAGGUGGACGUGAGCUUGUCCUUUUCGGCGCGGAGACCGCCGAGAACGAGUCGGAUGAGAGUGGACCUUACAUGAGUGGCGCGGUUGGAGGAGUCGCGCCUGAAAGUAAGCUAUAA